GAAUUUAGGCUGAGGUUAGGGCGUCGCACGUUUGCACAGCUGGUAGGCGAUCCGAACACGGCCUCACGGUCUCGACCACGCGGCGGGUGAAUAUUUUGCAACUUUAGUUGCAGCGAGUCGACACGUUGGAGGAGUUCCAACUCUGGAAGGUGUUUUUGGAAGGCAAGCAGACCCGCGGUCAGUGAUGGGAACCAUCUGUGCAUUGGUGUUGUCGCUCCUGUGCAUUCUACAGAAUGUCACCGGACGACCCGAUUUUGGACUGAAAGGAGAAGUUGUGGGCAGCAUUUUUGUAGCAAAUAGGUCCACUGCCCUAUCCGUCGGCAUUGGAACGCUCAGUGACUAUAAAAUCCUGCUCGGCUCACAGUACCAGGUGCUUUACGGUAUGCGCGAUGCGUUCUAUUCUGUCGCCGAUAACUUCACGAAACCCGGAGCGGAGAUAACGGACCAGCUGGGCUACCUAGCGAGCAACCGUUCGGUUCUGGUGGACUUCCAGACUACCCUCGCGGCCAUAGCCAGCCUGCAAACCGUGCUCACUACCGGCUACACGCAAGAGUACGUCACGCUGCAGCCUCGCAACCAAUCGUUCAUAACCGACCGGCUGACGGACAGCUUCGCCUACAUCAACCAAACGUUGGUACAGCUGGAUAAAACGCUACGCCAGCUACAAACGACGGCGGCCAAAGCCCAGCAAGAGGUAGGCAGCAACGGACAAACAAUUGAUAUGAAGAUAGUACGGGAAUUCAUUAGUCCACGGCUGAUAAACACACUGCUGAACACGAUCGAUCGAUUACCGGGUGCCAUCUCGCCCCUCAUCUACUCCGUGCACAGUCCGUUGGCGAAGCUCGAUAAAGCGGAUUCGUACAUCAGCACGGCCAAGGGUGACAUUGAAUCGGCCCUGCUGCAAGCGCACCAAGAGGUGGUCAACUUUAACGGCCAGAUACGCCAGCUCAAGCAGGAAACGAACGAUGUGAUAGCAACGAUUUCCACCGCCUACCGAGACCAGCAGACGCUGUCCGUCGAUCUGCUGCCGAAGCUGAAGGCCUCCAUCAACUACCAGUACGAGCUGAAGAUGGCGCUGGAUACGUUUGUUGACGUCGCGUCAGUUCCCUCGAUCGAGGAGAAAACGGGACUGCUGAAUCAAACCAUUGCGUAUUACGUGUCCAACUCGACCACGUACGAUGACGAUCUGGUGACCGUGUACGGCGAUCGGAUCUGCCCGGCGAUGCGGGCCGUCGUGCAGGUCCUGAUCGCGAGCGGACCUUACGCGGCCUACUGCUACAACAAAUACUCACACCGCGUGGUGGAUCUGGCGAUCCACAACUUCUACGACAUCGGCGAGUGCUACCAGCUCGAGCUGAACCGGCUCUACUCGGUCAGUCGGCUCAUCUCGAACCUGAUCAGCCUGGCGACGUUCAACUUUGCCGAUCUGUUCGACAAUCUUAGCGUUUGCGCUGCCAUCCAGCCCUGCCCGGGUGAUUGCGAUCCUUGCGUUGACACGCUCGGAAGGUUCCUCGACACAUUGGCACUCCUGAUGGAGGAGAAGUACGACCUUAUACUGCAGAUCGUGCCGUACGAGGUGAAGGCAAGCCUACAGCGGGUCAAAUCUUGUACCGCGUUCAGCAAGUACAAGCUGAUUGCCGAUGCACACGAUCUAAUCAAGGAGGUUUACGAUUGUGAGGUGAAGGGAUAUAAAUAGUAAAAUAGUACAAACCAUUCACGAGUUGUAAAAAUAAAAGCAUACAAAUAGUUUUGUAGAAACUAAGAUCACA